CACCAGCUUCAAACACAACAACAGACAAAUAUAGCUACAGACACUGUGUUGCAGUACAGACGGCUGGGAAACAACUACGGGCAGACAGACAGGAGUGCAGCACCUGUAGGACAGUACAGACAGUUUGGAGGCAGUACAGACGGUCCAGUACAGACAUGCAAUGUAAGCGUCUCCUCUCGUGUAUUCUGCUGCUUACCGCCGCCGGACCCCUCCUCACACACCCCGUCUCACACUCUAAAGAGAUGUCCUACACCGGAACAGCGUCAGUAGAGGAGGGCCAGGUGGUGCGUCCAGAGGAGUCGUCCCUUUCUGACAACGCAUACAGAUUCCACAGUGCACCUGGCCUUGGCGAUCUAAGAUCAGCAGUGUUCAGCCCAAACCAGGACGUGAGAGAUGUGCUGUUGGAAACGCCAGCUCUGAGCCCUCUAACGCGUUUCCUGGGCAGCAGGAGAGAGUACAGAAAGAGAACCACCACAGAGUGCUUCUGGAAGUACUGUGUCUAGGAGUGACACACACACGAUACAUAGUAUGUAUUUAUUUUGUUUUUGCACAUUCCUCUGUUUUCAGGCACAGCUCAGGAGUACAUAGUGAA